AUGUCAAAGAAAGGAGAAGUCAAGAUAGCGAUCAAUUUGGAGAAAUUUGUGAACAUAGAGCUUUUUAAACAAGGGAUUUACCAGAUUCGAAUAAAACUAUAUUACACGUACCAAAAUAAGGUAAGAAAUAAAUAGCUCAGUUACGCAAAGCCCAUAUUUUUUUGAUUUUUCAGCAAAAAGCUAGGAAGAUCUGACCCGAAUUAUGUUUCCCCAUCAUAUAUCCAAGACACUGACCACUCAUAUUGCUCCUGCUCCUUUCUGAUCAGGUACCAAAAAGAAAAAUUUAAUCUUAAUGAGCUUUGUGUUUUUUUAUGCGAGGUCCCGCUUUAUUUAUCGUCCCCAUUGUUUCUUGAAGCAGAACUUUUGUACGAUAAUCUUGAUUUUCAAGCAGAAGCUGAAAGCCCUAGGCUUAAACUUGCAGAUAGAAAUGCUAAUUUAAAGCCUGUAUCUGUAAAAAGAUAUAUCAUAGCAAAUAUUUGAGAAACAGCCGAUCAAUAUAUUCCAUUGAAUUUUGAGCCUGAGUAUUUCUGUGUGGUGGAGUCUGUAAUUCAUAUUUUUUCUUCUACGUCUACAAUUUCAUUGGACGGAAUGAUAAAAAGAUAUUAUGACUCAAAUAUUAAUUUCUUAGAAUUUUUGAAAGCAACUUUUCAUUAUAAAAGCCGGGCAUAUUUCAACCAAUUCAUUUCUGAUGAAGAAUUGAAUGAGGGACAUAAUCCAAUUGAUAGAAAAAUAAAAGUCAGAAAUUUGAGAUUUCGGUUGAAAUUGCACUUAAAUCCUGAGCCAAGUUUUAUAUAUCCUGAGCAUUUUUUUUCAAAAAAUAUAAAUUUCCAGCCAAUUUUCGUAGUUGAGAAUUCAAAUGAUAUUUUAGGGGAAACUGCUUUUCAGCCACAAGAAAUUGAUGAUAAUCCAUAUUGAAGAGUUAAUGAUAUUUAUCUUUUAGUAUUAGUGCAUGGGUUUCAAGGGAGCUCUCAUGAUAUGACACUAAUUAAAGGCUACCUUAGCCACUUGUACCCUAAUUUGACAAUUUUAAAUUCAAAAUUCAAUGAAAAUUUAUCAAACCAUACAAUUGGGUUCCAAGGAAAAAAUCUUGCAACUGAAAUAAACCAAUUUUUAAGGGUCAAUAAUAUUUCUCUUUCCCGUCUGAAGGUUUCUUUUUUAGCUCAUUCACUAGGUGGGCUGAUCGUUCGUGCUGCACUUCCUCAUUUAGCUUUCUUAAAAAACAAUAUGUAUUGCCUUAUAACUUUGUCCACUCCCCACCUUGGUCUUGUAGCUUCAUGAAGCCCAUUAUUUGAGUUCGGCAAAUGGCUUAUCAAAAAAUGGCAAAAUUCUCGGUCAUUCGAGCAAAUGUCCCUUUCUGACACUUCCCUGUCUAAACGAAGCUAUAUUUAUGAAUUAAGCAAAACCCCAGGCUUAGAAUAUUUUGAAAAAAUUGUCUUAUUUAGCUCCCCUGACGAUAUUUACGUUUCACAAGAUUCUGCACGAAUAGAAAAUAGUCAAAAUUACUGCGAAGACCCUAUUUAUAGAGAAAUGAUUAAUAAUAUAUAUGAAAGGGUAAAUAAAGAAAAAGUCACUAAAAUUGAUGUGCAUUUUAAGCAGACUAGUUUGGGGAAGAUGCUUGUGUGCUGCAGAAAUAGGCAUAUUGACUUUAUUGAUAAUCCUUAUUUUGUAAAGAUGUUGUGCUACAGCUUUCCGAAACUGUUCUUACAAGCAUAA